CAGUGGCAGUGUGAGCGGUCGGAUGUUGACAGGCCUGCUGUCGGGCUUUGCUGUGGCUGUUGCCGCUAUCACGUUUCCACAGUAGUCUCCACAUCUUGCUGGAACUUUCCUGCUUCCCUAGAAACACAUCCGCAGCGAACCCAUGGCAACCGAACGCAACUUCCCCGAUAGCUUCAUUGACGAAGAUCCACAGAAAGCUCUGGAGGCACUAAAUGAGGCCUUGCAAGAAGACUCAGACAACGCUGAGUGGUUUUGCCAGCGUGCCUAUGCCCACACACUUCUCAAAAACUACAGCUGUGCCGUUGAUGAUGCCAAAAAAGCACAGCAGAUACAACCCAGCCUUCCCCUUGCUUUCGUGCGAACAGGGCUAGCAGAAUACCACCUUAAACACUAUGAGUCAGCACAUGCAGCUUUCACUCAGGGACACCAACUGGAUGUUUCGGACAAAUCAUUUGAGAUCUGGAUAAAGCGGUGUGAGGAGAUGAUGGGAGAGCAGACACAGAUCGGCAGCGGCAACACGCAGACACCGGCGGUUCCGCCAGUGAAAUAUGACUGGUACCAAACAGAAUCUCAAGUCAUUGUCACAGUCAUGGCAAAAAAUGUACCCAAGGAUGGUGUAUGUGUCAACUUCAUGGAAAAAGAGCUCUCUGCCACGAUACAGCUGGCAUCAGGGGAGAACUACAACCUCAACCUCCACCUCCUGCACCCCAUCGUCCCCCAACAGAGCAACUUCAAGAUCCUCACCACCAAGGUGGAGUUCAAGAUGAAGAAGACAGAUGCCAUCAGAUGGGAGAAGCUGGAGGGAGAAGGACAGGAGUCCAACAUCAAACACUUCGAUCCUAAUCAGUACCCGUCUUCGUCCCACUACACCUGCAAAUGGGACAAGAUGGUGGUGGACAUCAGCGAGGAGGAGAAAAACGAGAAGCUGGAGGGAGACGCAGCGCUCAAUAAGCUCUUCCAGCAGAUCUACUGCGAUGGCUCAGACGAGGUCAAGCGAGCUAUGAACAAGUCCUUUAUGGAGUCAGGUGGUACAGUCCUGAGCACCAACUGGAAAGAUGUGGGCAAGAGAAAAGUGGAGAUGAGCCCACCAGAAGACGUAGAAUUCAAAAAGUACUGAGCCCCUCCCUCUCCCUUCCUCUAACUCCCUCUCUCUCCCCUGCAUCUUUCUUCACGUUUGUCCAUCUGAACUCCAGCGGGAGCCCUCGUUGCUCUGCCGUCUCCGUGGCCAUCCCCUUCCUCCUCUUCCCAACCCCCUCAGUUGUGCUGUUGCUCCUGUGUGUUUUCACUAAGUGCAGGGAGCCUUAGUGUUCCCACUUUGGCUCGACCAAACCACUCAUGGCCUACUCUCUGCAAUAACUUGCUACUGGAUGGGGGUCAGUUCAUUUGAAUAAUCUGUUGAACGGAUUGAGUUACAUUAUCUGAUGUUUUUUUUGUUUUUGUGUUUUUUAAAGGCCCAUGGACUCAAACGGGAACUAAGGUCUACCUUGAAAUGUGACUGACAGACCUAAAAUUCAACUUUCAGAUCUGGUUUUAGAGCAUCAUUCUUGUUUUUUUUUCUCCUCUGCCUCUCUUGGUUUUCUCAAAAUGCCCGCAGCCUGUCUAUUUGGGAGCCUUUAAUGACUUCCUAUUAUCUGCACUUGUAUAAAAAUGUAAAGUGGUUUAAAAAAAAAGUAAGAACCAAUUGAGACAUUUAAAUAACAACUUUGAUUGCAUUUCUUGGCCCUAAGCAGUUUUUCUGUACACUCAGUAAAAAGUCAACAGCAAUACUUGACUUGUCUGGAAUCUGUGUGACAUGUCAACCAGUGGCUUAGCACCAGUCACUCCCUCAGUGUGAUUCAAGCUUCAGUGUAAAUAAAAGAUUUGUUGUUUGGCUCACAAA